GAGCCCUGGGGUAGUCACCAUCCAGGAUUCCCCUCAAGAGCCUCCUCCCCCUCCGUCCUAAUCUCAAAGUCCAGCCGGCCAGCCAGUGGGCAGUUGGAGCCCGGCUCAGACCUGCUUCCAUGGGGGUUUGCUUCCUGACUGGGAGAGAUGACUCUAGCCUGGAGACAUUUACCGAGGGCUUUGUGCCUCCCUCCCGGGACCCCCAAGAGGUGCCCUAGCCUGAACCUAGGUGUUUUCUGGACAUCUGUAACCAAGCUUGGUCUUCACACAAAACCUAGAAUGCCUCCUUGUGACUUCAUACCAGAAAGAUACCAGUCCCUUGCCUAUAACCGUAUCCUGGACAUCCACAAGCAACAUCUUUCUCCCAUGGUGACAGCAUAUUUUCAGAAGCCCUUGCUGCUCCACCAAGGUCACAUGGAGUGGCUAUUUGAUUCAGAGGGAAACAGAUACCUGGAUUUCUUUUCAGGGAUUGUCACUGUCAGUGUCGGUCACUGCCACCCCAAAGUAAAUGCAGCGGCACAAAAGCAACUGGGCCGCCUCUGGCACACAAGUGCAGUCUUCUUCCAUCCUCAAAUCCAUGAAUACGCCGAGAAGCUUUCAUCUCUUCUUCCGGAGCCUCUUAAGGUCAUUUUCUUGACAAACAGCGGCUCAGAAGCCAAUGACCUGGCCAUGCUGAUGGCCAGAGCUCACUCAAAUAACACAGACAUCAUUUCUUUCAGGGGAGCUUACCAUGGGUGCAGUCCAUACACACUGGGCUUGACCAAUGUAGGGACAUUCAAGAUGGAACUCUCCAGUGGAGCAGGCUGCCAAGCAACAAUGUGCCCAGAUGUUUUCCGUGGCCCUUGGGGAGGAAGCCACUGCCGAGAUUCUCCAGUGCAAACAGUUAGGAAAUGCAGCUGUGCACCAGACUCCUGCCAAGCUAAAGACCAGUAUAUUGAACAGUUCAAAGAUACUCUGAACACUACUGUGGCCAAGUCAAUUGCUGGAUUUUUUGCAGAACCAAUUCAAGGUGUGAAUGGAGUGGUUCAGUACCCGAAGGGGUUUCUAAAGGAAGCCUUCGAGCUGGUGCGAGAGAGGGGAGGCGUGUGCAUUGCAGAUGAAGUGCAGACAGGAUUUGGCAGGUUGGGUUCUCACUUCUGGGGCUUCCAAUCCCACGGUGUCCUGCCUGACAUUGUCACCAUGGCCAAAGGCAUUGGGAAUGGCUUUCCCAUGGCAGCAGUUGUGACAACUCCAGAGAUUGCCAAGUCUUUGGAGAAACGCUUCCUUCAUUUCAACACCUUUGGAGGGAACCCCAUGGCCUGUGCCAUCGGAUCAGCUGUUCUUGGGGUGAUUAAAGAAGAUUGCCUACAGGAAAAUAGUCAAGAAGUUGGUACCUAUAUGUUACUCAAGUUUGCUAAGCUGCGGGACGAAUUUGAAAUUGUGGGAGAUGUUCGAGGCAAGGGCCUCAUGAUAGGAAUAGAAAUGGUGAAAGAUAAGAUGAGCCGCCAGCCUCUUCCUCGUGAGGAAGUAAAUCAAAUCCAUGAGGACUGCAAACACAUGGGACUCCUAAUUGGCAGAGGUGGCAUUUUUUCUCAGACAUUCCGCAUUGCUCCCCCAAUGUGCAUCACUAAACCAGAAGUUGAUUUUGCAGUGGAAGUAUUUCAUUCUGCCUUAAUCCAACACAUGGAAAGAAGAGCCAAAUAAAAUUUUAAAAAAUAAAAAACCACAAACCUCAAGAGCUUCCCACUCAUGUUCAAGGGCGAAUUUGAAGAAUUUCUGAACUCUUGGCAUUUGAAGAAAACCUAAGAUUCCUUAGUGGUUAUAAAAAAUGGAGGUGAAUGUCUACCAGCCAUAUUUGUUAACAGAGCCCCUAUUAUCUUGAGAUGUUCAUUUUCCUAGGAAAGAAACUUGAUCCCUAGCUCAGAAAAUAAAUCCUAAUCAGCCUAGGUUAAUUAUGAUAA